UGCUAGCUUAGCUUCAAUCUUGGGAAUACGAACCUCAAUUACUCCACUUCUGGCGCCUACGAGAUAAUUGGCAAUGGGUGAAGGACCGGGUAAGAAGCGUAGGGUUUCUCGUGGUGCGACCGUUAAGGAAAGACAUGUGGUGGAGAGGGUCGCGAAGAUUACGAAGGAUAAAAAUGUGAAGCCUGAAUCUACGGGGGGGCAAGAAGGCGUUGGAGAGGAACAGGAGGAUGGUGAGGGCGGCAUUUCGGAGAGCGAAACCGGGACCGUGGCUAAAUUAGUUCCCGAUGCUGCCGGGCCUUCGGAAACUGCACCUCUGAAAAGCUUCAAGGAAUUAGGAGUAAUGGAUUCGCUUUGUGAAGCUUGUGAGAAUCUCGGCUACAAGAACCCUACCUCCAUUCAAGUCGAGUCCAUACCUGUCGCACUGGAAGGGAAGGACCUUAUCGGCCUGGCCGAGACGGGAAGUGGAAAGACGGCAGCCUUUGCGAUUCCAAUAUUACAAGCACUAUGGGACAACCCAACCGGCCUCUUCGCCUGCAUUCUGGCACCGACCCGUGAACUGGCCUUUCAGAUCUCGGAACAAUUCGAAGCUCUCGGCGGCGGGAUCGGUGUUAGAAGUGCAGUCAUUGUUGGAGGCAUGGACAUGAUGACACAGUCAGUAGCGCUCGGCAAGAAACCGCACAUUCUCGUUGCUACACCCGGCCGUCUACUAGAUCAUUUGGAAAAUACGAAAGGUUUCUCGCUGAGGAAUUUGAAGUACCUUGUUAUGGAUGAAGCGGAUAGAUUGCUGGACAUGGACUUUGGCCCUAUCCUUGACAAGAUUCUGAAGGUUAUCCCUCAGACGCGGAGGACAUACUUGUUUUCGGCGACCAUGACUUCAAAGGUUGAGAAAUUGCAGAGGGCUUCGUUGUCUUCGCCGGUCAGGAUCUCUGUUGGCUCGAAGUAUUCUACUGUUUCGACGCUUAUACAAAAGUUUCUGUUUAUUCCAUUCAAACACAAGGACACCUACCUUGUUUAUCUUAUGAAUGAGUUCGCCGGGCAGACAACCAUUAUAUUUUGCAGGACCGUGCAGGAGACAUCUAGGUUGGCUAUCUUACUAAGGCAUCUUGGCUUCAAUGCAGUCCCUUUGAACGGCCAGAUGAGUCAGAGUGCACGUUUGGGGGCACUGAACAAAUUUAAGUCGGGUAGUAGGAAUAUUCUUGUGGCGACGGAUGUGGCAGCUAGAGGUUUGGAUAUGCACGUUUCCCCAGAUGCUCUCUUAUACUGCGUAUUAAAUCAUGACCUAGCCCAAGAUAGCAAGACGUACAUUCACCGUGUCGGUCGCACUGCUCGCGCUGGACGUUCCGGACGCUCAAUAUCACUUGUCACCCAAUACGAGGUUGAACUAUUUCUCCGGAUAGAAGCCGCUCUUGGAAAAAAGAUUCCCGAGUUUGAUGUCCAGGAGGAGGACGUCUUGAUAUUCAGUGAGAGGGUAGGCGAGGCGCAGAGGGAAGCGGCAAAGCAGCUGAGGGAGGAGAGGGAAAAGAAGGGUGGACGGAGAGAGGCUAGAAGCGGGGGUGUGGGGAGCAAAGGAAAAGGAAAGAGGAGAAGGGACGAUAUGGAUCAGGAGGAGGAAUAG